UUUUCCAUUUAUAAUAAAUUAAAUUUCUGUGUAUUAAAAAGCUUCUCUGUUGUGUAUUAAAAAGCUUCUUCUUCUCCUUCUCUCUUUCUCUGUGUUUGGUUACACUUGGCACGUAAGGUUCUUGCCUUUAUAGCUUUUUAUCAUCCGACAGCUUCAUUACAAAUAAAGAUGUCAGGUGCAUUAAUCUUGGUGUUGGCGUUAACCAGUUUGAUUCCGGUUUACGCAAAGACUCACGGCGCCGGAAGAAUAUGCGACGAACUUGGGGGGAGGUCGUUGAGUACGAGACCGCACAGCGUCUCAAUCGCAGAGUUUGGAGCGGUUGGAGAUGGCAAAACGCUCAACACUCUCGCGUUUCAAAACGCAGUUUUCUAUCUUAUGUCAUUCGCCGACAAAGGUGGGGCCCAGCUCUACGUUCCUCCCGGAAAAUGGCUCACCGGGAGUUUCAGCCUCACCAGCCAUCUCACUCUCUUUCUCGAAAACGGCGCCGUUAUAGUUGCUUCUCAGGAUCCAUCGAAUUGGGGAGUUGUUGAACCGUUACCAUCAUAUGGACGAGGGAUUGAUUUGCCUGGGAAGCGAUACAAGAGUUUGAUAAGCGGUCAUAUGCUACAUGAUGUUAUUAUAACAGGUGAUAAUGGUACUAUAGAUGGUCAAGGUUUGGUUUGGUGGGAUCGGUUUACUUCUCAUUCCUUAAAGUACAACCGUCCUCAUCUCGUCGAGUUCAUUUCAUCCCAAGAUAUAACUAUCUCGAAUGUCACGUUUUUAAACGCACCGUGUUAUACAGUCCAUGCAAUAUACUCUAGCCAUGUAUAUAUUCAUAAGAUAUUGGCCCAUUCUUCUCCUGGAUCUCCUUAUACAAUCGGCAUUGUACCAGAUUCUUCUGAUAAUGUGUGCAUCCAAAACUCUACCAUCAACAUGGGGUACGACGCGAUUUCACUCAAAAGCGGUUGGGAUGAAUAUGGAAUCUCAUACUCACGUCCUACUGAAAACGUUCAUAUAAGAAACGUUAACCUUCAAGCAGCUUCUGGUUCAUCUAUCUCCUUUGGUAGUGAAAUGUCAGGUGGAAUAUCUCAUGUCGUGGUCGAUAACGCCUUUAUACACAACUCACUAACUGGCAUUGCCUUUAGAACCACAAAAGGAAGAGGCGGUUACAUCAAAGAGAUCGAUGUUUCGAAUAUCGAGAUGUCGAGGAUAGGUACUGCUAUUGUGGCUAAUGGUAGCUUUGGUUCUCAUCCGGAUGAUAAGUUUGACGCAAAUGCUCUUCCCAUAGUGAGUGGCAUUAGAUUAAGCAACGUUUCUGGAAUAGAUAUCGGCGUUGCGGGGGAGUUGUUUGGGAUCAAAGAAUCUCCGUUUAGGUCAGUGGCUUUGUACAAUGUUUCUUUGUCGAUGAACUCUGGUUCUUCUGGUGAUGUUUCUUGGAGUUGCUCUUACGUCUACGGGUCUUCUAAGCUCGUGACACCUGAACCGUGUCCCGAGCUUGUGAGAGUUGAUAAUGGUUAUGGUAGAGCUACAUUCUAAAAAGAAACAAGGGGAUUCUUUCUAGGACUCAUUCAUAUUGGUGAAGUUAGAAAAGGUCAGAUUCUUUUUUCACCCCAAAUAAACCAACAUGGUCUGACCUCAGACCAUGCAUGUUCCUUUCAGUCCGGUUUUGUUUUUUUGUUUUUUAAGUUGUUUUGCAUAUUGUAAGAUGACAAAGUCUGUACAGGUUCAUUUUUUUUAAUACAAUGUGUAAUCAAAGAAAUUUUGUUUU